CUUGGGCUGAUGUGUCAUUUGUUCCUGCCAGGGGAGAGGGGACACCACCACCCCCCCUUUAAAUUCCUGUUAUUGUGGAGUGGGAGGCCGGGUUGGACCUGGUUGUUUAGAUGACAUCACCGAGCAGGUUGGGUUAUAAAAUGAAUGAAGCAGAAAGCCCAAGUUCACUAGCUCGGCACUUCGCAGGCGGCAGGAGGGACCUCGGGGCUCCGCUCUGAACUUUGACUCCCAUCGGUCCCGGCCUCUCCCCAGGGCUCCCCCCGGCUCCCCGCUGCCACCCGGCCCCCCUCUCGCUCGGCCUCGCAGGAUGCAGAUCUCACCCUUGCUGGCUGGUGGACUUUUACUUGCUCUGCUCUCCGUCAGGCUGGAGGCGAAGCCGGCGUCUCAGCUCCCACAGAAGGCCUCCCGCGGCUCGGCAGCGGCGGCGGCGGCGGCGGCGGCGGGUCCGCCCGAGGCGGCGGAGCGGGAGAAGGAGCGGGACAAGGAGCGCAGCGGCAGCGGCAGCAGCGGCGGCGGCGGCGGCGGGCCGGGCCCGCGGGAGGCGCGGGAGGCGCGGGCCGAGACGCGGCCGCGGGCGGGCUGGGCGCGGCUGCUGCAGGACCCGCCGGGCCGCCGCCACAAGGGGCUGCACAAGAAGGGCCUGGGCAAGGGCUGCUUCGGCCUCAAGCUGGACCGCAUCGGCGCCAUGAGCGGCCUCGGCUGCUGAGGGACCCCUGGCGGGCUUUGAAUCCAUAGUCCAUUUUCUCCUAUCAUGGCCAGGCACGGCCAUCCCCCAGGCAACGCCUAGAAGAGCAGAGACCCCCCGGAAUGGACAAAAGAUGUGGCUGUGUUUUUCUUUUUGGUACGAGGAGUCAUGGCACCAGCUGUUUUGGUUUUGUUAUUUUUUUAAAAAGUGCUCUCUAUCUUAUAUAUAUUAUAUAUACAAACACUCACCAAGACAAGGGACAGUGCUUUUCCAAAAGACUGAUGAAGCCAGCUGUAUAACGUUGCUGUUUGUAAAUUCAUGUCAUGCAUAAAUGUAUUUAUGUUGUAAAGCUAUUUAUAUAUUGUUUAUAAAGAGAUAUUUAUAAAAAAAUUA